UGAAACAAUCAUUUAUCACAGUUUAGAUGUGAUUCUGUCUUGUGGGAGGGGUUAUUGUAGUGCUGUUAGUCACAUCAAGUUAUUGGAAUCUUUUGCCUGAAGUGUUUUUAUGCUAUUGUCCAUCACAUGAUAGAUUUGUUUGAUACAAUGUUUAAAUUGCUCUUGGUUGGUAGGACGUUGAAAUCUAGGAGCUAAUGCUGAUACAAUCUAAAAAGGAGAUUUUUUUUCCUUUUAGAAGAUAUUUUUCAUGAGAUAUAAAAUUGCUUCAUGAAAUUCCGAGAGUGUAAAAGUUUUAACUCUUCCCCUUCGAUUGGCUCGACAGAUUGUUUUUGACGUUUGAGAGUAUCUUUCAUUAAAAUAUUGAUUGUGGAGUGCCUUCUUAACUAGUGCUUAAUGUAAUAAUUUUUAACUGGAAUAUUACCAAAAGCCUCACAAAACAAAACCAUGAGUAAUAACUGAGUGUGUGAAGCCUCUAUUUUAUAAUUGAAAACAGAGCAAUGAUACAACCAAAUACAGUGGAUAAAAAUAGAAUGAGUGAGUGCAUGAGUGGCAAUGUGAAACCCUUUAGUUCAUAAGAAUGAAAAUAGAACUUCUGAAUAAUCAAACAGGAUGUGUUUAGUGAGGCUUCAUCAGGGUGGAGUCCCUCCCACUGGACGAGGACCAUGUGUUGGGGCCAGAUUCAGAUGGAAUAGUCUUAUGGGCCAGAAUGGCUAAUGGGGAGACCACUGGGUGGUUGUCAACUGCUGAAGGAGGGAGUUCAGCAUGUGUGGGUGGGUCUGAAGAUUCAACAUAGGGCUUCAGAAGAGAUACGUGGAACACCGGAUGGAUACGGGAGUGGGCUGGAAGUUGCAGCUUAUAUGCUACUGGGCCCAAUCUUUCGAUGAUCUUAAAUGGGCCGUAGUAGCGUUUAGAGAGCUUGGAAUUCGAGGUCCCGGAAGCAAUGAUCUGACGAUGGGGACGAAGUUUCACCAUGACCCAAGUGCCUACUGUGAAGUCAGAGUCACGACGGGGAUUAUCAGCAAAGGUUUUCAUACGUGUCUGAGCCUUGAGUAGCUUGCGGUGGAGGAGUGUGAAAGCACCAAUGUUACAGACAUUGGUACUUUCAUUGGUGCUUUCAUCCAUGGCCGACAACACUAGUUCAAAGGCGGUUACAGAUCGCUUGGAGGAAGCAGUGGCCAAGCUCAUGGCAUCGCAGCUGUCCAUGUCUUGUAAGAUAGAUGACCUCCUUAACCGCAUGACCCACCUCGAGACAUCUCAUUCCGUUCCAUGCACACCACCAUCUUCUUCCUCUAACCACUCACCGCAGUCACCGUCCGACACCUUUCCUCGUCUGAAACUGGAGGUAUCCCGCUUCGAUGGUUCAGACCCUACAGGGUGGAUAUUCAAGAUUACGCAGUUUUUUGAAUACCACUCCACCCCAGACCAGGAACGCCUCACCAUUGCCUCCUUCUACAUGGAAGGCGCGGCACUGGCUUGGUUCCAAUGGAUGCAUCGCAAUGGCCAACUCACUUCAUGGCCUGCGUUUCUCCACGCCUUGCACACACGCUUCUCCUCUUCCACGUACAAGGACCCCACAGGUUUGCUCUGUAAACUCACUCAACGUUCUUCUGUUCAGGAGUAUCUCUCGGAGUUCGAAAGCCUCGCAAAUCGGAUUCUCGGUCUCCCGGCACCAUUCUUGCUAAGUUGUUUUAUUUCUGGCUUAUCUCCGGCGAUUCGCCGUGAAGUUCAAGCGCUACAACCCCACUCCUUGACACAGGCUACUCAAUACCCUCGGCCGUCUCCGGCCCCUGCUCCCUCGGCCGACCUCAACACCCUCGGCCAUCUCCGGCCCCUGCUCCCUCUCGACCUAGCCCUACCCCUACCCUUCCACCCCUCCUUUCCCAGUCACCAAAAACACCUACGUCCUCAAUACCCUUCAAACGCCUCUCCCCCGCAAAGCUUGCCCUUCGAAGAGAAAAGGGAUUGUGUUUUAAUUGCGAUGAGAAAUUCUCUCGCGGAGACAAGUGUGCCUCAACCCUGUUUCUCUUCGUGACCGAAGACGAUGAGCCUUUCCAAGAUACCGGCCAACCUACCCUUUCCCCAUUUCCCGACGACGAAACGCCUUCCGACACCUCCUCCGCUCAGAUAAGCCUCCAUGCCCUGUCGGGUCACUUAGCUCCCGAGACCUUACGAGUCAAUGGCUUUAUUGGUAAUCGUGGUGUGUGCAUAUUGAUUGAUGGAGGAAGCACACACAACUUCCUCCACCAAGCUUUGGUUACAUCCCUUGGUUUGUCUACGACGGCUACUACUCUGCGGGUGACCGUGGGUAAUGGGGACGAGCUUCACUGUCAUCAGCUAUGUCCGGCAGUCACCGUGAUCAUUCAGGCGCAACCAUUCAUUGUCGAUUUUCACGUUCUACCUCAGUGCGGCGCUGAGGUGGUAUUAGGCGUCCAAUGGUUGAAAUCGUUAGGCCCUAUCCUAACUGAUUAUUCCACCCUCACUAUGAAAUUCAUAUAUGGCGGAAAGCUCAUUGAGCUCAGUGGGGCACGUGCCCAGAAUCUUGACCACAUCUCACCUUCCCAACUCCGGCGCCUCGUCCAAUCCGAUACCACUAGCAGUUACUUCCACAUUCGCCUCGACCCACCCUCGACCUCAACAUCACCAAAUAUCCCGACAACCACUACCCAGCAGCUUUACCCAGUAGUUUCUAGAAUGUAAGAGUAAUACCAGACUUAAUUUGCUCUACGUAUAAUAAAGGUUGCAUGAGUACUAAUAUUAUCCUAGACGUAAUCCUUUAAAUGGGCUGGUGUCUUGGUCUGUCUUUUGGGCCUCUCCUCACGCACCCCAGGAUUCAUGUUCGUAACAAACAGGCACAAUGAUAACAUUCUGCUCAAGCCCCAACAAUUUAAAUUUUAUGUUCUAUGAAUAUAAUGAUUCUGGCUCAUGCCUGUUGGUUUUUAUGUCCUGUGCAUGCAUCUUGAAAGGUGAUCUUCAUCCAUCUUUUAAUGUUUAUUAAUUCUUAAAUGAUAUUUAUCAACAUUACUUU